AUGACCUUCGCUUUCAAAUUCACCCGUCCGAACGGCUUGACACGUCGCGUCGUCUUCCCCACGCGCCCCAACUGGCCAGAACUCGCCGCGAGGAUAUCUGCUCUGUACGCUAUCUCCCUCGACCAUGUCGGUGUUUCCUAUCAGGACUCGGACGGAGACGAAGUCACAUUGAGCUCUCAGGAGGAACUUGAAGAUUUCUACGUCUCUUCCCCGCCCACGGACGUAGUCAAGCUCACAGUGCUCGAUCUCACGGCUUCGCGCGAGGACGAGAAAUCCAUUCCACCCUCGCCUGGUUCUCGUGGCACCUUUGGAGGGGGUCCGACGCCUCUUAUCUAUGAGAUAGAUGAAGACUGGCAAAUCCCAUUCGGCCCGCCCUUCGCGGACGUCAAUGAUUUCGACCGUUCUGCCAGCCUCCAUGCAUACGUCGAGACCGUCGAUAGCUCUUCAAAUGCCUCUCGACUGCGUGACUCGACUGCCACAGCGCCCACAUCUUCAACAACCAAACUCGACAAGGGCAAGGGUCGCGGCCCAGCGCGUCGCCUAUCGACGAUCUCCGACAAUCCUUCCUCCACCGCGUCUUUGAUCGAGAGCGAUGCUCCGUCCAAGCCCCCCGUGCAUGUGCACGCUCAGCCCCCGGUCGAGUCCCUGCCCAGUGAUCCGUUUGGCAAUCCUGCCCUGGCUACACCGUCGGGUGGAUUCUCCCCUCCGCUUUUCUCCACCCCACGCGGCAAUAGCACUACCAAGAGUGGACGUUCAUCUGCGGCGGGAACAAUCAGGGAUGACCAGCCUCAGACCGAGAUACCGGAUCCUCCCUCGCCCACGAUUCUACCCGAAGACGUGCCAUCACCGUCGGCGUCUCUGUCUAACGACAUUGCGACUCUCCUCAACUCCAUGAGUUUUGCGUUCAACACGUACCCCGAGUUGACGGAGACUGUGCGCAAAAUCGUCAGCAACUUCCAGAACGGGUCGUAUUGGGCGACUCAUCGCGAGACGGUCGCGCGAGCGGCGGAAGACAUACGGCGGGCGUCGAUGGACGUACAGGCGACUCUGGGCGCGAAUAUCCAGUCCGGAUUGGCCGGUGCUCAACGGGUUGCUGAGGAAGAGUCUGGGCGCCGGGUCACUGAAGCCAUAUCCAAUAUUCUACACAUAUUCGGUGAUGCGACUGCUGCCCCGUCUGCUCCCACUGCGGAUCCGGUCCAACCGUUACCCGCUGCUGCACUGGGUGCUGCCGUGCCACAGUUUAGCGCUCCUCCACCCCCUCCUGCUGUGUCCAGUGGACUCGCUCGUGGCGUGCCCCUGCCUCCCCCUCCCCCCUUGAAUAUGCCUACGCGAAGUGUGACAAUGCCGACGUCAUUCGGCGGUGUACCUCCUCCACCGCCACUUCCUGGCACCUAUAUGCCGCCGUGGAACGCAUUCCGGCCGUAUGGCACCGCUCCUCCUGCACCGACCCAGCCCGUACCAACUGACGCCACGUCGCCGCGAUCACCUGAGGUGUCAUUCUAUACGUCUUCGCCUGUAUCGCCAGACGUCGCUCGACCUCGUGCUCAAGCGAACGAUAUAAAGGCAUCGCUCGAGGCUGCCAAAGAGAAUUACAAGCGCGAGAAGGCUCGUUAUCGAGCUGAGAGAGAGGCGCGUCGGCGCCGACGUGAGCAAGGAGGGGAGACACAUGGCAGCAACGAUGAUCCCCAGACACCUGUGGCUCCUCCACGCGAAAUGCACGUUGCUAUCGAUGACACACGCCCAACCACGCCGCCGCGCCAGAUCAUUAGCAACGCUCGUGGUGGAUUCCCACAGUUAGAGAUGAUCAGUCUUCCUAGCCCGAAGAGUCCCAAGAGCCCGCGUCGUGCUCGCGCUGUGAGUGGCUCGGCAGCGGCACGCCCGGUCCCUCGUUCAGACUCGCAACCUAUCAACCAAGCUAUGCGCAACAUCGUAGAGAAGCUUGACACGAUGGGCUUCAAUGACACGACGCAUCCAAGCUUAAGUUCGCGCAUCGAUGCGCGCCUACCCCUGGAUGCGGAGAUCAGCAAGGAUAAAGAGAACGAUGUAGUGAACUCCGUUGUCGAUGACCUGCUCUCUGAGGAGGGAGCGACGGCCAAUGAGCAACAAUUGCUUGCGCCUCGUGCCGGUCCGUCGGGGUCUGCACCUCCCCCUUGGUUGUAA